AAGAAGCCAAAAAAUACCACAUAUUCACGCUUUACCAUUUCAUUAGGGACGACGAAGACGAAGGUGUAAGGAAUUAGUGUGGAAUGGAGAAACAUAGCGAGAAUGGUAAACGUGAAGAAAUGGAGAAGCUUUGUCGAAGAUGUAAUCGUUCCUAUCUUCCAUCCUCCAAUUCAUCCUCUUCAUGCCGUUUCCAUCCUUCUUUUUUCGUCUGUCGUCGUCACGACGACCAAAAGAGGUACUAUGAAUUGGGACCCGAUGACCCGCCGUAUGCUGCCAAAUUCUACGACUGUUGUGGGGCUGAGGACGUUGAGGCGUCAGGCUGCACCACCAGCUUCCAUGUUUCUUAUGAUGAAUGAUCAUGACAAUAAUAUCUAAAGCUCUUUUUCACUCAGAUGGUGUAAAGUAUGUUCUGAAUCUGGGACAGAGAAGAUUAUGUCCAUUUCUCUUGGGACAUAAGAGAGAGAUUAGAGAGAGAAAGUAAAAACAAAUGAGUGGUUAGGGAUUCACAUGUAGGAUUGAACAUUAUUGAAAUGAACUGCUGAAAGAUAUGGUGGUUACAGACUACAGAGUGUUUUGUAUUUGAUUUUGAGUUUAUUUCUUCAAAUGUUCCUGGAAAGAGAGAGAGAAAGAGAAAGUUUUUAAUAAAGUAUGCAGUGUUUGGCUGACA